AUGAAGUCGAUAACUUUGGUCCCGUGGGUGUUUUGCCUGCUCGUGGCUGUUAAUGCUGCGCCCGAGCGACGAAUUUUCGGUGGAACGGAUGCGUUUGACGGUGAGCUGCCCUACCAGGUGUCGAUACAGCGCGCUUUUCUCACUUCCCGGACACACGUUUGCGGUGGCAGUAUCCUCAAUCAGUUGCACGUGCUGACGGCGGCCUCCUGCUUCUGGACAGACUCAACAUCCCGCUUCGAGGUGGUGGCCGGAAAUUUGCGCAUCGAUCGAGCCGCCGAUACGCAGCAGGUGUUGGGCGUGUUCUGGAUUCGUAUGCACCCGGGUUACCAAGGCGGAACCAGCUCGUUCGAUGUGGCCAUAAUCCGAACUUCGUCCGCGUUCUUCUUCACCGACUUGAUCCGCCCGGUGACGCUGCCGGCCUUCGACGAAAUUCCGUCCGGACUGGUGCGCGUUGGCGGCUGGGGCUCGUCUAGCUCAAGCAUUCUGCCGGGCAACAAUUUCUCCAACGUGCUGCAGAAAAUCAACGUGUUCAUCGUGCCCUGGAACGAGUGUCUCAGUGUCCUCGGCGGACCGGGUGGACCGUUCGAUGAGCGUAACAUCUGUACCGGACCGCUCAGUGGGGGAAUUUCGACAUGUACCGGUGACGCCGGUGGUGCCGCCGUACAGCAGCAGGGCAGCGAUGUAUUCCUGCAGGUUGGUAUCAUCACGUGGAAUGUGCUGCCGUGCGGUGGCAUCAAUACCCCAUCGAUUUACACGCGAGUGUCGGCAUUCGUGGAUUGGAUACAGACGAACUCUGCCCUCUAA